AACCCAAUAAGCAAUUUCAUGAAAAUAGAUAUACUUGUCAAGUAUGGAGUCUCAAAGUGUGAGCCAAACUUCUCCUAGCACUGACGACAAGCCAAACUGCAAGUGCUCAGAAGGAUGGAAAUGCACCGUCACCAAAACUGAGCCGUCCAAGGUUGGCAAACCUUUCGCAAAAUGUGGUGGCGGUGGUUGCACAUGUGUCACCGAGCCAACUGUGGUGCAACGGCCAUUGGAGAUCCCUGCAGAAGCCAAAGCAUUCUGUGAGUGUGGUGAAGGUUGGUCUUGUGUUGUAACCAAAACCGAUGGCCCCGAUGCCGGCAAGACCUACUUUGAGUGUGGUGAAGGUUGCAUUUGUGUCAUAGAUGAAACAAACACUGUGAAAGUUGUAUGCGCCUGAUGCCUGAAUUGCCUCAUGUCUUCAGGUGGUUAAAACCUCACAAAACGAUACAAAGUUGAUAUGUUUCUGCUACUAAACUACGUCCAGAUAUUGUGUUUGUCCUAAAAUAAGCAUGUGAGAUUUGUAUUAAGUUACUAUUUGUGUGUUAUGCUGUAAUGUAUGAAGUUUGUGUUUAGCUUCUAUAAUCUAUAUACGCGCCAUACGUAAAAGUAAAUGGCUGUCAAUGAAGAACUUGAUAUCACUGUCGGCGCUCAA